GUCCCUGUGGGGCCCUGCUGAGGGUUCGAUGGGCUCAUAGAGAUGCCCUUAUGUGUUGCUGUGGAAGGAAAUGGUCCAUUUGGGAGGCCCCAGCCCUGUGCAGAAGGGGAGGAAGGAAGAAAAUGGGCUCUGAGAAUGGCCUGCGGCAAGUGCCUCUGUCGCUGUCAGUCCCUUCAUCUUCCAGUUCCGGGUGUGCCCAGUAUGGCUUCAUCCAACUGCCAAGGUCCUGGAAUUGAGGGAGGAUGCCAAAGGUGCCAAACCACAGGAGCAGCAGCAAGAACGUUACGAGAGGGGUGAGAGUGCCUCCAGUGUCAGCUUUGGGGCCUGCUGGCAUCAGGGGAGCAGUACACUGGGGCCAUUGUACUGCGACGAGCCUUCUUGGAACCAAAGUUUGAACAUUUGAUGAAUGCGGGAGGCGUUCAGCAAAAAUGCAAUUCAAGCAGCAGUUAAUAUGUAUCCACUCUGUGCAGAGCUUGUGGGGGGUUCUUCAGGGGAACUGGAGACCAGCAGGACCUGAGCUCCACCCUCAAGAGGUCUGAGGACUCCCAAUAGAGUAGGGAACACAGAUCCACAGACAAUUUAUACAGUGACAAAAUGCCACCAACUGUCACUGACAUGUGAUGCUCUGGGCUGGGUCCCCUGGUGAGAGGAAGAGGAUUCUGGCCCUUGCGACAUUCAAGUCCCACCCAGUCACCGUUUCACAAGCAUGUGUUUGGAUAUUCCAUUUUACACACGUUAAGCUUAAGACUAAAGUGACACAUUUAAGUGAAGACAUUCAAGAGUGGAGCUCAGAAUCUAGACUAGCAGUAUAAAUCAGGGACGAAAGGCAGUGGGUGAGAUCACUGAGGAGCAAGUGUGGGGAGAAAAGAACACCCAGAGGAUGUGUGUGGACAGGAGGGGCUGGCGGGCAGUACAGGAGGAGGGGCAUCAAGGAGACGUCGCGUGAUUUUAACAGGCGAUGCUGUAUUAACAGGGAUGUGAAGCACAGCAGGUCCUCCUAUAGCGAGGAAGAUGGGAUGCAGCAUGGAGACCGCCUCUGCCAGCUCACCGCUGAGAGGAGGAGCUUUCUGUAGCCCAUGGUGGGCAUGAGGGUAAUGGCCGUCCACACGAGGAUGGCCUGACGCCGUGCUCAGCGCUUCAGAUGCGUCAUUGUGAUUGCGUUUAGUCCUCACUGCACCCUUCCAGGCUGACCGUACCACGGGGUAGAGAAGUUGGGUGACUCGCCCAGAUUCAGUGGUCAGCAGGCAGCGAGGUCAGCAUUCCACCUCAUCCCUCUCACAGCCCAGCCAGCCUUACACGCACGCUCACCAGUUUUGGAACACGCAGGCUGUGCUGGGUCUGAAUUCAUAGGAAAGGGCCUGUGCAGGCUCUAUGAGGAAAUCUACCGGCCCGAAUUCAGAAACAGCAAGUUAACUGGACAAGGGAAGCCUGGCACCGUGGCAGCAUGCUUCAGUUGUUAGAUAGUAAGCCGAAAUUUACAUUCUCCCGAUUUUGUCUCGUGAUGUGCAUCAAGUAUAUUUUGAAUUGGGAAAACAGCUCAAAGAGAGCAUUCAUGAGGAUUCUGGCUCACAGUUGAUCAUCUUGAGUAAAUGACCUCAACCACAGAGGCGCCGAGGACUUCCUGGAGUUGUCAUGCACUCACAAGAACAGAGUCCGGCGAGACACAUCACCUUCACCUACUCGCCGGGGAGGUGGCGGAGGGGCAGGCCAGGCUGGGCUUUGGCAGUGAAGCCAAGAGGAGCAGAAAACGCGCGCUGGCUGCACCGCCGGAGAGGCUCGGGGCUGCGGCGCCCCCGCCCGCGCCGGGAGCCCCUGAUUGGAUCCUCCCGGAUCUGCCCGCUCCAGCCCGCUCCCCGCCGGGGAAGCGAGCCCACCGAGUGCUGGCUGCCCUGUCGACACCCAAGAUUUAAAACGGGCAAGUUUUGUUCUGGAGACUAAGGACUUUCGCUCCGAUUCCGGGAAGAGAGCAGACCUCCGACAUGGAAGUUUAAGGAGCUGGAUUUGGACUUUUGAAAUUGCUCUAUCGCCAACUGCAUCCUGACUGCGGCCGAGGUCCGCCGGGAGUGAAAACGCUGUCUUUCCUUCCGGAUCACUAAAGGACGGAAGCUCUGGCACGCCCGAGGGGAUGCCGCAACCCCGGGCAUGGGCUGUUCUUUGUGCCGGGGGCCGGGGACCGGCUCGGGGUCCGCGGCGAGGGCUCGGGGCCGCCCAGCCUCCGCCCCGCCCCCGCCGGGCCCGCAGCCCUGCGCCGCCUCCUAGCCGGAGCGGCUCUGGGACCACGGAGAGGUCGGAGCUGCUUCAGCUUCCUUCAGCCCCGGCGAGCUCGCUGUAGGGCCGAGAGGGGGAGAGAGCCUCGAGGAGAAAACUUUUGACUCUUCGAGAUCCGUUGGGAACAGUUGAAGAAAUACAGGAAAAUAGGUCACACUUAACUUUCAAAAGGAAGUACAUGGGAUAGCUGCCUGAGGCCAGUCACCGACCUUAAUGAAGGAUGCCCGUGUGGAAACAUUGUGAUGUGCCAGUGUCCACAUUCUACAGCGUCUUCCGUUCUUUGUGAUCUUCAUACAAAUGGUAUUAAAGGAAAAUAUUUUGUGAAGUAGGAAGCUCCUUGCACAUUUUUAAUGACCAACCUACGUUAAGAUGGACAUCUGUUCUACAGAAGACCAAGUUCUAUGGUCUCAAAGAAGCAAAUGCCCUUUUCACACUGAUCCUCAAUAAAAAAACAAUGCACAUCAGAAUGUUCGUGAGUGGCAGAAUAAAAAAACGUCAGUUUGUUCAGUUAUUUGCUACUUGCUUUAUUCUAAGCCUCAUGUUUUUUUUGGAACCAUUUGAUAAUCACAUUGUGAGCUAUAUGAAGUCCUACUCUUACAGAUACUUCAUAAAUAGCUACGACUUUGUGAAUGAGAGCCUGUCUGUGAAGCGCAGCAAGCAUGGAGCCCCUCGCUACCAAUACUUGAUUAACCACGAGGAGAAAUGUCAAGCCCAGCACGUCCUCCUCUUACUGUUUAUAAAGACGGCUCCCGAAAACUACCAUCGACGGUCUGCAAUUAGGAGAACAUGGGGCAAUGAGGAGUAUGUGUGGUCUCAACUUAAUGCCAACAUCAAAACUCUGUUUGCCUUAGGAACACCCUCUAAUCCACUGAGGAAAGAAGAACUGCAAAGGGAACUGGUUUGGGAAGACCAAAUGUACAAUGAUAUAAUUCAGCAAGACUUUGCUGAUUCUUUCUAUAAUCUUACUCUUAAAUUACUUCUGCAGUUCAGUUGGGCAAAUACCUUUUGUCCACAUGCCAAAUUCCUUAUGACUGCAGAUGAUGACAUAUUUAUUCACAUGCCAAACCUUAUUGGAUACCUUCAAAGUUUAGAACAAAUUGGUGUUCAAGACUUUUGGAUUGGUCGUGUUCAUCGUGGUGCCCCACCUGUCAGAGACAAACGCAGCAAAUACUAUGUCUCCUAUGAAAUGUACCAGUGGCCAGCUUACCCUGACUAUACUGCUGGAGCUGCAUAUGUGAUCUCCAGCGAUGUAGCUGCCAAAGUCUACGAGGCCUCACAGACACUUAACUCUAGUCUUUACAUAGACGAUGUGUUCAUGGGCCUCUGUGCCAAUAAAAUGGGGAUAGUACCACAAUACCACGUGUUUUUCUCUGGGGAAGGUAAAACUCCUUAUCACCCCUGCAUUUAUGAUAAAAUGAUGACAUCUCAUGGACAUGUACAAGACCUUCAGGACCUAUGGGAGGAUGCCACAGACCCUAAAGUAAAGACAAUUUCAAAAGGUUUUUUUGGCCAAAUGUAUUGUAGGAUAAUUAAAAUAGUUCUCCUUUGCAAAUUGACCUAUGUGGACACGUAUCCUUGUAGGGCUGCCUUUGUCUAAUAGUACUUGAAUAUUAUAUGUUCUUACUGUCACUGAGCCAAACCUGGAUUAAAAAAAACAAAAACCCUUUAAAUGUUUGUCUACACCCUAAGUGAAAUGACUAUGAAAAACAAAGAAAUAUUUUGAAAGCCUAUUCUCUCAGAAUGUUUCUUUGAUUCUAGAAGCUAUUUAUUCAAUAUCUACUUCAUUGCCUAAACCCAUUUCAAGGAAUUUGUACUUAGAAAAGGUUUAUGAAAACCAAGCUAAAGGGAAAUUCAAAUUCUCAAUGCCACAUGUAUGUUUGAGGUAUAGAGACGUUAUUAAGGAGCCUUGGUAUUAGAAUAACUGCUUUUGGGAAAUACCAAGUGGCUGUAGAUAGAGUACAGCAUUUCAAAGAAAUGAAUAUAUUGUUAGAUUAGGUAUACAAGUUAAAUUUUUAUUAAAGAGCACUUGAUGGAAAUUCUGGGGGUAAGGGAAGGUUGGCAUAGAAAAAAUAUGAAUCUGAUAAAAGUCCAUGUUCUUUAGAGGAGAUUUAGGGAAAUGUACAGCAAGUCCUCAAAUAACCUGAUUUUGUUAAGCAUCAUUUUGUUACAAUGUUGAUAAAAUGCAUAGGAACUUAACUUUUGUUUAUGUCAAUUAGCCUAUUAUAAUAUUGUUUCAUUAUACAUUAUUUCACACAGUUCCAACAAGCUAACAACAAUGUUAAGUGCGGAUUUACUGUACACAAUUUCUUUAUAAACAGCCAAAUCAUUUAUUGCCGCAACCAUAUAGUUAUUUUACCAAGAUAGUGUUGAGGUCAUUUAAAACAUAUUUAUCUUUUUUUUCAAAGUUUAAUGUAAAAUUUGAGAAAUCAUUAGCUCUGCCCUAAUUGGUACUUUAUAUGGUUUUUUGUUUGUUUUUUGAUUAUUAGAAAAUGACAAAACUUGGGCAGUUUGUUACUCGUAGGGUCGUUCUGUAGGGAGAAAUCAUUGUUUGUUCAAAUAAGCUUAUUUUAAUUCAAUGAAUUUUUCAACUGGUUUUUAAAUAUCAAUAUCAGUCUGUUUUUAAGGUAGUUAUUUGAUUGUAGUUUGCAUAGAGGGAUGUAAUUAUGGAGAAGACUUCAAAAGGAAAGAUAGAAUAUUAAAAGCACCUUUUCUCCAUAAUUGAUAAAAUAAAAUUCUUAGUGUCUAAAUUAUUGUAAUGAUUACUAAAAUUAACCCACCCCUCCCCAAUAAGGUCUCAUAAACCAUAGUACUUUGUUCCAAGUUCAGUUUUAAAAUUGAGAGUAUUAACCAUCACAUCAAAGCUAUAGUAUCUUUAAAAAUGUAUUCUUUAAUCAAAAUAACUAUCAGAGGUAUUGUCAACUUUUAAAUAUUUCAAAUAUGAAGGCAGAAUGAAAGACAGAAAAGUUGCCAGAAUGAGAUAUAAAGCAUUUGUAAAGCCACGUGUUCCUUGUAAUCAAAGAGGUGGCUAGGAUCUAAUAGCGUAAGUUACAUUUAUUUUACAAAGCAGGAUAGAAAUGUGGCUAAAAUGCAAACAACCUCUCCUCAAGAUAGGAAGUACUAGGUGAUGUCUAUUACAGGGAUAUAUAAAGGCCAAAAUAAUGACUUCAACAAAAGCAGUUGAACUGAUUACAGAACCUUUGUCUGCAGAGGCACCUAUUAGGAAAAACUAAGAUGUUUUAUUUAAUUAGAUGAUGUUUCAAACAUGCAAAACAAAACAGAGCUCAAAAAGAAUCCUUAGUCAACACUACUGGAUGAUGACAUAUAAUUUUUUUGCAGGUAGCUUUUUAAUGUUUACAGAAAUGUUUUGUUAUUUUUUUCUAUUUUGGAAAUUGAGGCUUGUUUACAUUGAUUGCUCAGAUAAUUUAGAAUUUUUUAACUAAUGUCAAAACUAGUGUCAACCAUUCUAGUUUAUAAUUACUUUCAGAGUAAGUUCCGGGUUUUUAGAUCAUUACAAUCUAAAUUUUCUGACCAAUUAAAAAAACUAGAGAACAAAAUCACAUUUUGACAAAGUAGAUUCAUAAUUAAUUUUUAUUAGUUGAUUCUUUAAUAGCCGUUUGCCUUCUGGCCAUACCUACCCUGUGUGUCUAUACUUGUAACUGUUUAAAUUCACUAUUAGUUGAAAACAUCAGUGUCACUCUGGCCAUCAAAAUGAUCUUGUUUACAGCAAUACUUUUAUGAAAAUUAUUUAUUUGCGAAAGUGCUCCCCUCAACUGUGUUCGUCUUUUUAUUUUUACUUAGAAUAGAAUGGUCAGAUUUAAAUUUAAAGGAAAGAUGAAGGCACUUCCUUUUUAAAUAAGGAAAUUGCUAGAUGCUUCCUUCAUCAGACUUAAAGUACUGGGAAGAAUAUUUGUAAAUACAGUAAAAGGAUUUCAACCUUUUAAAAAGGAAGGAAAAAACCUUUUUGGUGCUCCAAUGUAGGACUGUCUUAAGAAUUGAAAACAAGGGGAAAAUAAACUAUCAGCCUGGAUGGUCACUUGAGUAGAAGACGGUUGUACUCAGUGUUAUUGCUAAAACCUUUUUACCUCUUGGUUGGUUUGCAUCUUUUUUUCCAUAUUAUUAAUUUUAUACCAAAAUGUUAAGUAUUUAUAUUAUUUGAAUUUUGCUCUUAUAUGGCAAAAUAAUUAGUGGUUUUUAAAAAAAUAAAUCUGUGUUUUCCAAUAAACAACAUGAAACUUGUUGGCA